AUGCUACCGAGUGCAUCUUUUAUUCGGUUCUGGUCUACAGACUUGACUCGAGAUGCAUUUCUAUCACACAUGUCCAAGGAGGAUCUCACCAAUCUGCGACUGGUCUGUCAUGACUUCAGCGUCCAUGUUGAACCAUUGCUAUUCUCCGAGCUUGAUGUCUCCUUUCGCAGCAGUACAUUUACCCGACCAGCUCGCAUGGCGGCCUUGGAGCGCAUUGGAAGACAUGUCAAAUCUCUGAAACUGACCAUUUCACACUCACCAUCAACGUUCUUACCACCGCUCCUAGACCCUAUUACCGGUGAGGAGCAGACUUUUGUCUAUACACCUCAGGUCUACCCUUCAUCGCCAUCGCCAUCACGGCUGAGUGGGCCAAAGUAUGGGACAUGGGAGAUGACCGAUCUACUAACGAAACAGUACCCUCCGCUCUUUCAUGCUGCCACGAACAUUGCCUCUUUUAUGCGUGCAUUUAAAGCACUGGACGGCCUCACCAAGCUUACUCUGUCCUGCCCGAACCAGUCUUCCCCCCAUCGCUACCGUCGUAGCGUGGUAGACUAUGCACUAAUCUCUGUACGGUGCGCAGUGGAGCACAGCCCGCUGCCACGCCUGGCGUCUUUGUCUCUUCUCCCCAUCCAUCCGGGAGCAUUGCUCUACCUGCGACCAACCGCUGGUGGGAUUGGUACAUCUCCUGCCUCAUGCAAACGCUGGAGGCGGAUCACCAACCUUCACAUUGAGAUGGAUGCCUUUCCAUACGGUGGAGGCGAAGCAACGGAUCAUCUGAAGCUUCUAGAUUCAUACAUCCAAUGCUUCCCACUGCUGAAGAGGCUCAAGUUCCGCUGGCUUGGCGCAAGGGGCCCAUCGCCGCUGUCUCUAUCGACAGAGCCAUGUUUGACAUCAAAUAAGCAGAACCAAUUCUCAUCUGCACGACCAAAACGAGUCAAGCCACUUACCUUUCCGUCACUGCACACGCUGGAGAUCGAGAAUGUCCACGUUGACGCAUCUCAGGUCUCGUACUUUAUACGCAACCACCGUCAUGUUCUGCGCGAGAUCAACUUUGAAUCCACAACACUACGCUCAGGGACGUGGGAUAAUGCUCUAGCACCGCUGGCCCCGUCACCUAAGAAGACAAAGGACUCACCACCAGCCCAGGCCCAGAAGAGAGCAGCGGCCCGGGAAGUUGAAGUGAUGGACGUUCCUCUUGUCCUGAGCGCAGCAGGUAUGGAAAUCAAACAGCUACAACGGCUCGUUCUUGAAGAAGCCGGAAGACGCAAGAAAGGCGGUCGAAGCAAGACUAGCAGCAGCAUCCGGCUGUGGGGAAGAGGCAAGGCCGUAUCGACUGUUGGAUCGGGAUCUGCAGCCUCAUCACGAUCAAGGACUGGGGCUGGGUAUGGUCAAGUUCAGCUGCAGAAGGCCACAGACCGAACAAGAGAGCUGCUAUGGUGUGGACCGGAGCAUAUGAGACGCCUACUGAGGGCUUCUGUCUUGCGUGUCAGAGCCUUCUAA